ACAAAGUCCACCCCCCCCCCCCAUUCCCAAAGUUCAAGAUGAGGGUGCUUAUAUGUUUCAUAAUUGUUUUUGUUUCUGUCGCCAGUGGUUCUCAAAAGUGCUCGGUAUACGACUUCCCUUGCGAAGAUGGUGGAUGUAUAGAUUCAGGAUUAUGGUGCGACUCUCAGGAAGACUGCGUUGAUGGUUCAGACGAAAAAUAUUGCAAAAAAUCGGGCUUAUUUAACAAAGAUCCCAACAACUGUCCUUCCAGUUACUUCAAAUGCAACAAUGGACCUUGCAUACCCCUAAUCGGACGAUGUGAUGGUUACGAAAGUUGUGAAGAUUCGUCCGAUGAAAAGAACUGUGGAAAUCCAAGCUCUGCUGAAGAAAGUGACAACACAUCGCCUUCCUCGACUUCAAUCUUUCCAUUGGUGUCACGUAUGUCAACGCCAAUCGCAUCGACUCCACGUACUACCACCACGACCAGGCAGCUACCAGUUCAACUAGAAUUGCAUACAACACAUCUUUCCGACUCUCCUGAUGCAGUGCAGCCAUCUUUUGAGAUUGAAUAUUCAAAUUUACGUCCUUCUGACUACUCCUAUCAGCGCAACAAGGCUCGAACUUGGCUUAUUUCGCAAAGGAAAGGCGACUUUGGUUGGGGAGACGAAACUCCAAGGGCUGUAACUGCUCUAUACCUCUCUAAUGUGCAACAGGCGGCCAGUAGAAAUGAAACCGACUUGCUAAUGGUGAAACAACUUGAAGUACAGCUUUCUUUAGACAUUGCCAGAAACGGAACGAAAGUUAUGAAGCUGACGAAUCUUGCUUUGUAUAUAAAUGCUCUUAUGGCUAGCUGUAAAGAUGCUAAGAACUUUUAUGGGGAGAACUUGGUUCAAACGUUGCGUAAUGGUGUGGAUGCUGCCCAUAGAUCAGCUGAAUUCAUUAACCCAUCUGUUUAUCUGACUCUCUGUAUCAACAAUGCUACUACUUAUGAUGACACAAGGAAACUACACGACAUAUUUACAAGCAGAAAUGCCACCAUGGGUAGAAUAGAUAUCCAAGCGCUGGCUCUGUUGACUGCUACUUGCAUUCAUCGAAAUACGAAUUUCCUUGCUGCAUCAAUGUAUGACGGAUUUAGAAAACAGUUUAUUCAAAGAAUGAACACCGGUAGCCUACCAGGAAAUGUUUAUGAAGCGGCUUUGCUUGCCCAGGCUCUACAAGAAAUGAAAAUCACCCAGAAAGGCCUCGUGGAAUUCAUACUGAAGCAACAGCAGGAAGACGGUUCAUUCGGUGGCAUAUUAGCAACCUACUUGGUAUUACCAGUUCUCGCAGGUCAAAGUUUUCUACAAAUGAAUGACCACUGUGGCCAACGAUACAGUACAGAUCUUGCUCCUCUUGAGGUACUAAGAAAUUCUAAGCGCAAAAAAAUAUACGUGCAGUAUGCUCUGAACUAUGGCUAUCCCCCCGAGAUAUCGCAAAUGAUCCAAAUGCAAGUAGCCGAAGGGAUCAACUUCUUGGAUGUCAUGAGACUUGCACAAGAAGUCAAUCCAAAAUACAGAUUUUUGUUGGAUGGCCAUCGUGACAAUCCAGUUUAUUCAAUUGGUGGUAUUCCCAAUGAUGCUGAAAAAGGAAUGUUUUGGACACUCCACUUGGCUUCCAAUAGUAAUAGGGCUAAAGUUGACGCAGAGCGUCUUACUCCGUAUUCGGGAAAUAUCAAGGAACUGAUUCCCCAUGCCGGUGAUAAAUUCGUGUUUUGGAUGCGAUCCAUGUGAUUAACUAAUAUCGUUGUUUUUGUUAUUUAUCGAGGACAUUUAAAAUUGGAAAUAAACUAAUAGUUUUUAUUCUUUUG